AAUGUCAGUCAUUAAAUAAUUCAUAUUUGUAUGAUACUUUAACGGAUCCGUUCCCGGUUCUACAUUGUAUUCUAGGAACCUAACCAGAAUCGCUUUUUUCUCACUUCUACUGAUCGGAACCGCGGUUCCGGAUACUUUUUGGAACCGCCGUACUCUAUCGAUAAGGGUCUUCAUCAUCCCUUUCCAAUGGUGAAAAUCGCAGUUCUCUAUCUUGUUCCUAUUGAAAGCUAUUCAUAAGAAUACGUACCUAGCUUUUAUUUUGAAAUUAGUAGUUCAAUAUAACAAAUAGAAGAUAAAUCAGAAUUUAUAAAUAAACAUUUUUUAUUCUAGUCAAUUUCAUUAUCAUCAUUAAAUCUUACAAUAUAUAUUCAAAAUUUAAAUGAUAAUCCACCGAAAUUUUUAAUACAAAAUUUUACAACGCUUUAUUAUUUUUUUUAUCCAACUAUCAAUACAAUUCUUUAUAGAAUUCAUGUUAUUGAUAAAGAUGAAUCAAUUUUAACCUAUGAAAUUAUAAAUGAUACUUCAUUAACUUAUAGACUUCGUACGUCUUCAAAUUCAAGUGAAUUAAUUCUUAUGAAAUCGGUUAAUAAUAAUCAUGAAGAUAAUUUGAUUAUCCGUGUUUGGGAUAGUAAAAUAUUCUUUUCAGAUUUAUAUCUUCGUAUUAUUUAUUUUCAAUAUCAAAAUCCAUAUCCAAAACUUCUCGUACAAACAAUUGAUGGUUAUGUUAAUUUUCAAGAAAAUUCUUCUGCAAUUAAAUUAGGUCAAUUAUCUCUACAUAAUCAAUCUCAAUACUCCUAUACUUAUUUUCAAUUAAUAUCACAUAAACAUUUUUUCCUCAAAUAUGUAUCAAAUAAUCAAACUGAACUCUAUUUCAAACCUUCUCAUCAAUCAUCUCUUGUUAAUUUUCAAAUUCAUAUAAUACCUAUUACUCUAUCAAAACCCAUACCGGAAAUACUUUUUCAUAAUAGAACAAAAGUGUUUUUUCCAUCAACAAUAAAACCUCAAACAAUUAAUAUUCAUCUAUGGUCUAUUACGAAUGAAAUGUUAAAUCGAACAAUAUCAUUAAUCAUAAAUAUAAAUCCUAAUACAACCUAUGAACAAUUUAUUAUUCAUAAUUUACCAUUAAUACGUCAAAAUUUAGCUCAAAUUAUAGGUGUACAUACACAUCAUGUUCAUAUCUAUACAUUUGAUUUAAAACAUAAUCAAAUUGAAUUGCUUAUUGCUGUCGCACGUUCAAUAUCAAUCCGAUAUAUACAUAAAAAAUUUCUUUAUAAUCUAUUAAAAAAUUCAACGAAUAUUUUUGAAAAAAUUCUUUACAAUCAAUGUCAAUCAAAUCCAUGUGAACAUGAUGGAUAUUGUAUUAAUUAUAUUAAUUUAUUAAAUAAUCAAUAUGAAUAUUUGUAUUACAAUACAUAUGAACGUUUAAUACCAAAAUAUAAAAGAAAUAUAAAAUGUUUAUGUAAAAAUAAUUACUAUGGAGAAUAUUGUCAAUUUAAAGAAAAUAAACAAUCACCAUGUUCAUCAAAUCCUUGUUUACCAAUGGAAAGAUGUAUUGAAUCAAAUUCAACAUUUUAUACAUGUCAAUGUAUGGAUGAAUUAUGUAAUUAUGAUGAUAUUGCUAUAGAAAAUUCAUAUGAAUGUAUUAAUACUAAUUCACCAACAUGUCGAGGUAAACUAAAGAAAUUUUCUCCUAUUCCAGUCUCUGAAAAAUAA